GGACUUUAGUUUGAUUUCUUAGUGCAGUUACCAGUUAGUUCAGAUUAUCAAUCCAUCCGCUCUGAGUAUUAUCAGCGAUGAAUGAUUCAUAGCUGGAAGAGAGACAAACCGGCCGAUAGUACUUUGCUCAAUCAGAAGAGGCCAAGUUUUUAAAAUUAUAUUCAACGUGAAAUACCCUGUGUGAAUCAACAACUGAAACAAUAAUGUCGUCAGUAGAAGAAGCAGCCAACGUUAAAUUCAGUAUUACGGCCCUGCAGGAUGGGUUUGAAAAAUGUCUGGAAGGUGAAGAUGACAUUCACGUCGACAAAUACAUAUACGCUUACAAGGAGCUAUACAAAUUCAUCUUGCUCAUGGGCAAGCUGUUUAGCUUCGUGGGCAGUGACAUAAAAGCCAAGCUGGAGAUAUUAGAGGAUUUUAGAAAAAGAGACUCGGCAGGAAACUUUCUGACAGUGAAGAAAAUGAUUUUUUAUGAAUUGGAACAAGAUUUGCUGGACAAGAAAGGCUACAUAUCCGCCUGCAGGACAGUCUUACGUCUGCACAGAGGUCUUGAUUUCAUCAGUCAGUUUCUUCAAAAAGUUGGUGAAAUCGAAGACCAGGAUGGCACCUCUACUGUUUGUCAAGACGCGUACAACGUCACCUUAUCCAAUCACCAUACUUGGGUGAUUCGUAAAGCAGCUGGUGUUGCAAUGUACGCUUUACCAACUAAGGAGAACCUUCUGAUCAGAUUGUUUGGUGGAGACCAGGAAGAGAUAAAACUCGCCAAGAAAAACUUGCCUGACAUGCUAGCGGCCAGCCGAGAAGUGCACAGACGCACUCAAAAACUUCUUGAAGCUCACAACUUGCUCCUACUACCUUGAGUCGAUUUUUCGCAAUUUUACACAUUGAAUUCAUUCCUCCUGUGCGCAGGUAUUUCUUUUCAUCGCAAUGCAUACACGUAGCAGUUAUUAUCCUAGUCCAAAUUUGUGCACAUCUAUGCACGUUAUUGUAUUUUAAACUAUUUGCAUUUAUACAGGAAGCAAGUUUGGAAUGUUUUCUAAUUUUAAAGCAUACUAAAAUAUACCACGGGUUAUUUUCUUGAAAAUAUA